AUGAGUGGUCCCGGUGAAGAACGAUGGCGCGGAGGUCGUCCGUACGAUCAAAACCGCCAGUCGGGACAGAGACACUCUAACUCGAGGAACAUGGGCGCUCACAGCGGGAAUCGCGGCGGACAGAGCUCAGCUCCUUGGACGGAUUCUCGGGAGCAAUUUGUCACCGGGCCGUCUCAGGAGCAGCACGUUCCUGUGCGCGGGUUCAAUUCCGCAGAGUUGAAAGCAGCUCUACAGAGAGAGCCCAAGCCUUUCUUCUACAGACCAAGUGGAAAAGAUGCAAACAGCAACCGUGCUAGCGGACCCUGGGGGUCAAAGCCCAACACGAUGGCAAACGGCAAGGACUUCUUUCUCGAGCUUCGCAAGCAGGUGACAGCGUUGCGCCAGGGAGCUACGGUUGCUGGAGGUUGA